CUCUUUUUUUCUCCCACUCCUCCGUCCGCUGACACUUCUUCUUCUUCCUCCACCGCCUUCACCUCCCGCAGAGAGCCGGAGGAUGCUGCUCCCGCUCCCGCUGCUGUCACCGCAAACUGGCCCGCAGUGAGUGAGGCAGUGAGUGGGUGACAUCUCCUCCUCAGCGCUGCACAGCACGGCUCGGCUCGGCUCGGGUCUUCCCCCGGUUGAGAGAGACAGAGGGAGAGAGGGAGAGGAGGCACCGGCGCGGCGGCAGCGCAGCGCAGCGCAGAGAGGAUCCGCGGAGCCGCAGCAGCAGCAGCAGCAGCAGCGGCGGCUCUUUUUCUGGUCACGACAGAGAAGAAAAAGUGGAUUAUCACCACUUCUUUCUCCAGCUGGAUUUCCCUUAUUUCUUCUUCUGUUUUUUUGUGUGGAUUGGUUAAUUCCGCCCAAACCUCGGGGGAUCUGAUCCGGAUCUGCUGCGUCCGAACACCGAGGAGGAGCGGAGCUCGGUAACCGGGCUGGAGCGCUCCAAACUGGGGAACCGCGCGGCUCUCACCCGCUCCAGGCUGCUGUCGCUCAGAGAAAUGGCGUCGCUCAGGUGGGAGGUGCUGUCCGUCGCGGCGGUUUUCCUGCUGGUCUCCUGUGACGCCGCCCCCUCCGACAUCCUGUACCGCGUCCCCGAGGAGCAGCCGCCGAACACGCUGAUCGGCAGCCUGGCUUCGGACCGCGGCCUGCCCGACACCGGGCACCUGUACAAGCUGGAGGUGGGCUCGCCGUACCUGCGCGUGGACGGCAAGACGGGCGACAUCUACACCACGGAGACGCCCAUCGACCGCGAGACCAUGAAGGACUGCCGCAACCUGUUUGACGGGGACAAGUGUUUCCUGGAGUUCGAGGUGUCCAUCACCGACAUGGUGAAGGGCAUCGGGUCGGGGCCGCGACUCAUCGAAGGCCGCAUCGAGGUGCUGGACAUCAACGACAACACGCCGCAGUUCGCCUCGCCCAUCCUCACCCUCUCCAUCCCGGAGAACACGCCCAUCGGCGCCCUCUUCUCCAUCCCCAUGGCGAUGGACAGGGACUCCGGCAGCAACGGCGUGGCCGAGUACUCGCUGAGCACCGGGCCCGACGCCGACCAGCUCUUCAGCCUCCAGGUCGCCGUGGACUCGGACGAGAAGCUGCCGCAGCUGGUCGUCAUGGGCAACCUGGACCGCGAGAAGAAGGACUCGUACGACCUGAACAUCCGCGUGGUGGACGGCGGGAAGCCGGCGAGGGCGAGCAGCGCCCUGCUGCGCGUCACCGUCACCGACCAGAACGACAACGCCCCCAAGUUUGAGAGGAGUCACUACGAGGCGGAGCUUCUGGAGAACAGUCCGCUGGGUCACUCUGUCCUGCAGGUCAGAGCCAACGACGCAGACACCGGCAUCAACGGAGAGAUCGACUACAGCCUCCACCAGGUGUCGGAGACGGUCCAGAGGCUUCUGCGCAUCGACCGCACGUCCGGCGUCAUAUACGUGAAAGGCACAGUGGACCGCGAGGACGAGAGCUUCCUCAAGUUCUUUGUGUUCGCCAGAGACCGCGGGCCAAACUCCAAGAGCUCCAAGGUCCUCGUGAACAUCAACAUCAAGGACCAGAACGACAACCUGCCGGCCAUCGAGAUCCGCGGCAUCGGUCUGGUGACACACCAGAACGGCGUGGCCAACAUCUCGGAGGACAUGCCCGUCGGGACUCCAGUGGCGCUGGUGCAGGUGUCGGACCGCGACGAGGGGGAAAACGCGGUGGUCACGUGCGUCGUCGCCGGCGACGUCCCGUUUCAGCUCCGACCUGCGAGCGAGUCGGCCAACGACCGCAAGAGGAAGUACUUCCUGCAGACGACGACCCUGCUGGAUUACGAGCGUGUUAAGGAUUACAGAAUUGAAAUUGUCGCUGUGGACUCCGGGAACCCGGCCCUGUCCAGCAGCAACUCCCUCAGAGUGCAGGUCACGGACAUGAACGACAACACGCCAACCUUUUCCCCAUCCAUGCUGGAGGUGGAUUUUGCAGAGGGCAACCAGCCCGGCGACAAAGUGCUGGAUGUCGUGGCAACGGACGCAGACAGUGGCACCAAUGCAGAGCUAGCCUAUAGCAUCAUCGAGCGCUCAGCGGCAAAGCUGUUUGAGAUCGACACCAACACCGGCGAGGUACGUGUGAAGAACCUCUUGGAUCGUGAGGAGAUGGAACGCUACGAGUUCCGCGUGGCGGCGGCCGACAAGGGUGUUCCCAACAAAACAGGCACGGCCACCGUGACCAUCAAUGUUCUGGACCGCAAUGACAACGACCCAAAGUUUAUGCUGGGCGACUACAGCUUCUCCGUCAGCGAGAACAUGCCUCCGCUCAAUCCUGUCGGUGUGGUUACGGUCACCGACGCGGACAAAGGUGAAAAUGCCCACGUCAGGCUGUACGUGGAACCGGACAAUGGCAAGUUUAUCAUCCAGAACGGCACAGGGAACAUCCUGUCCAGCAUUUCCUUCGACCGCGAGAAGGAGAGCACCUACACCUUCCGUCUGAAGGCCGUGGAUGCCGGCGACCCCCCGCGCUCCUCCUACGUAGGCGUGACCAUCAACGUCCUGGAUGAGAACGAUAACGCUCCCUAUGUCACCAAACCGGCCAACUCCUCUUACACGUACCUGACGCCUGUGACGCCACCGGAGACCCGGGUGGAGGUCGUAGAGGCUGAGGACAUUGACUCUGGACCUAACGCUGAGCUGGUCUACAGCAUCACCGGCGGUAACCCCUACGGUUUGUUCGACAUCUCGCCCGACAGUGGGGAAAUCACACUGGCACAGGAGUUCACAGGUAAGCACAAUGGACUGCACCGCCUGGUGGUGAGGGUGAGCGACAAAGGCAAGCACCCGCGCCACACCACCGCCCUGGUCCACAUAUUCGUCAAUGACACCAAGUCCAAUGUCUCCGUCAUCGAGGCGCUGGUCGGACACAGCCUCUACACCCCUCUGGACAGGGACAUUGCCGGGGAUCCCAACUACAGCCUCGUUCAGCGCAGCAACAUCCUGUACGGCAGCCUGGCGGGCGUGGCCGGCGUCAUUCUGGUGAUUGUAGCCGUCGUGGUCUUUAGACACCGCCUGCAGAAGGACACCAAGAGCGGCUACCAGGCCGGCAAGAAGGAAAGUAAGGACCUGUACGCGCCGAAGCAGGGCCCCAAAAAUGGCAAAGGGAAAAAGAGUAAAAAGGGGAAAGCGCCAAAACCUGCCAAGCCACUGGAGGAGGACGAGGAGGCCAGUCUGCAGAAAGGCCACAAGUUCAACCUCAUCAACGACACGGUCAACGACAGUCCCAGAAUCCACCUGCCCCUUAACUACCCGCCGGGAAGCCCCGACCUGGGCCGCCACUACCGCUCCAAUUCCCCCCUACCGUCCAUCCAGCUGCAGCCACAGUCGCCUUCCGCCUCCAAGAAACACCAGGCAGUUCAGGACCUCCCCGCCACCAACACCUUCGUCGGAACGGGCGACAACAACUCCACGGGCUCCGACCAAUAUUCGGAUUACAGCUACAAGGCCAACCCGCCCAAAUACAGCAACAAACAGCUCCCUCACCGCCGAGUGACCUUCUCCACGGCCAACCAGGCCCAGGACCUGCAGGACGCGUCCCAGCACAGCUACUACGACAGCGGCCUGGAGGAGUCGGAGACCCCCAGCUCCAAGUCAUCAUCGGGGCCCCGGAUCGGGCCGCUGGCUCUGCCCGAGGAUCACUACGAACGCACCACGCCCGACGGCAGCAUCGGCGAGAUGGAGCACCCGGAGAACGACCUCAGGCCCCUCCCCGACGUGGCGAUGACCGGUAACUGCACCCGCGAGUGCACCGAGUUCGGCCACUCCGACUCGUGCUGGAUGCCCGGCCAGCCGUCCCCCACCCGCAAAGUGAGCGCCAAGAACGCCCCGCAGCUCUCCACCUUCGUGCCUUACCAGGAGAUGGACGGGCAGGAGGCGAUGAUGGCCAACGGCAGCCCCAAGCCCCUGAUGACGGAGGAGCGCGGCGGCACUUGUGGCGCCGUGAGCGCCGGCGCUUCCAAAGUGGCCAACAUGCGCUUCAUGACCCCGUACAGCAGUGCCUACCCGGGGGGCGGAGACUCGUCUGUGAAAGACUGCGGAUUGGAGGAGAUUCCGCUGAGUCAGGCGGUGGAGUAUCACUCCGCCUCCACCCCGACCGGCCAGACGGCGUCUAAACGAGAGAUCUACCUGUGAGGGCGCCGCCCUCCACCGUAACCCCCGCCUCCACAUCCAGGCUCCUCCCCACCUGCUCACUGUCGCCCCCUGUGCCUAUUACUCGCAGUGCCGCAGCGCCCACUCCCCGCCCGCCCCCCGCCCUUUUCUCUGUUUUUAUAACUGCAUCGUCUGUACAAGGCUUUAGACCCCGCCCACUGCCACACCCAACCCCGCCCCUCCCCCCACCUCUAGAAACCAAUCAAAUGUAAAAUAGAAAAAGUCAAACUCGGAAUGUAAACUACGACACAUUGUUGUGAUAAUUUAUGGGAAACUGCGUCGUUUUCGCUUUUUGUCGGAAAAAAAAAGACUUUUUGGGGCGGGGCCAGGGGCGGGGGGGAAAGAAGGGAAAGAACUUCUUGUAAAUCCUUACUUAAAUAUACUGUGUCAUGCUAUCUUAUCCUCAUUUUGGAUUAUUUUGGAUUAUUUUUGUUGUCGUUGGAAAAUACAAUUCGAGCCGAAUCCGAUCAAGCUAGCAACGGACAUUCGCGCAGCGCACGGCUUUUUCCCGUUUCUUCAGUUUGGUAUUUUUUGGUCUUUUCUUCAGUGUACAGAUCUGUAAAUACACCAGACAGUGACGGAGGAUCCAGAUCACGGACCAGAGAAAAACCUCCGUACAAAAGCCGGACGGCGAUGCCGCGGCGCUUGCCGCCACGCCGCAGAAACCUGGACUCUAGCGCAUCACCGACGGUGCCGAGUUAUAAAGACAUUUUUAUUCUUAUUCUUAUUCUUAUUCUUAUUAUUAUUAUUUAGUUCUUUCUCUGGAGCAGAAACAUUCAGAAGCAGCAGCAACAACAAGCAAUUCAUCCAGAACCAGAGCGAGCGCGUGAGUCUGUGAGCGAAUCCAAUCCGAGACGAGAUUCUAUUCUUCACGCUGUCGUCGCUCGUGUGCGCCGUGAAAUGAAAACUCCACGUGAGCUUUUGUGUUUGUGCGUCGGUGAAAUUAAACCACGGAGAUCAAAACAAAAGCAGAAAAAUUAGAUUUUUUUUCCAGCAUUAACUGUUGCGUUAGCGACCCCUAGAGGUCACAGCCCUCACUGACAGCAUCGUCAUAAUCUGAGGAGCAAAAACGUUCAGUGCAGAUUAAUAAUCUGGUUCCACGAAAACAGAAAUGACACAAACAUCAGGGAGUUCAUCCGUUCAUCCUCUGGGGAACAUGAACAUUCAUGCUUCAUUCUGUUCAAGGUUGCGUUGAAAUUUGCUUCUGCCGUUGCUCAGCGACCACAACAAGACUUGAUUGGCUUCUUCUUGUCACAUGACUUAAAAUAGGACACUGAAGUCGAGAUGUUCUCGCCAUGUAACACAGGGAUUCCCAAAGUCUGGGUCGGGGACCCACAAACAGGACACAGGAGAUUUUUUUUGGGCCCUUAAACAAAAUUAUUUAAGAUUUAUUUGUUUAAAAACAAAAAAAGUGUUAAUUAAUGUAACAAACGUCUCUUAUUUACAGAUAUGGUUGUAAAUUUGUUGCUCUUUAUUCAUUCAUCGCACUUUUUCCAGCUAAAACGGAACAAGCUAGGAGUUGACGUUUGAUUUCCGACUCGGAAAAGUCCGACAUAGAAUUCCAAGAUGGAUUCCUGACUUAACUUAAACGCGGUGAACUCAGAGUUGAUGUCGCCCUCUGUUCCGACUUCCGAUGUAUCGGGAACGCACCUCAUCUCGCCAAGAAAAGUCCAGCGGGUGGAGCUUCAGCAUCCACUGCUGAGUCUACGAAGCUCAUGUUACCGCCGCUGCUCCCCCGCGGCGUCCACGCGGACAACAGACGAUUUAAAAGCUUUAAAAACUGUUUAAAAACGAGCUGUUAAAGCAUCAGAGACUCGAGGAGCAGCUGUCUCCGCUCGUCUCCGCGGCGUCUUUGACUGUGUGUGUGUGUGUGUGUGUGUGUGUGGCGACUGUGGCAAUUGUUUCCCCCGCUGUGUGUUUUAUUCCUCUCCGCUCUCUCUCUCUCUCUUGUUAGCUCCUUCCUCUUUACUUCCUCAGCGUGACGCCGCUCGCCGUUUACCACAAGUAGUGUUUGUUAAAGUAUUUGUUAGCGGCGCGCGGUGGGGACGCAGGGGCGGUGGCACGGCGGCGGGGCAUCGCCUCCCCGCGGUGCUCGCGGGAAGACGGCAGGAUUAACGACAACUGCGCAGGCGUCACGUCCGCUAACGCGCGCCGCAGAAACGCUAAUUAUGACCCCAGGCUCAGGCACGCUAUCGCCACUAAACCGGACAUUCAUUCAUUCAUUCUUUCUUUCACUCGUUCAUUGUGAAGAGGAGGAGGUUUCACCUGAAGUGACUUGCUGUGACGAAGAUUCAUUUCAAUUUGAAUGAUUAUUCACCUCAGUUUGUGGAUUAAAAACCCGCUCAAAAUCACAGGAUUAUCGUCAACAAGCCUUUAUUGACCCGAGAUUAUGCGUUAAUUUCUCUCGUUAUCACAGAUUAAUCUUGUUAUGAGGACAUGACCUCAUUAAUUAAUGCGUUCAAAUUAAAACCAGCCUCGUUUUCUCGAGUCAACGUCAUAAUAGAUUUGAUUUGUGAUUACGUGUUAAUUUAUCUCGUUAUCGUGAGACAUCAAGCCUCGUUAUUCUGACAUCACGCGGAUGAUUAUUCUGUUAAUCUCAUAAAUAACAGACACUCUCGGUUUACUUAAAACAUUAGAUUACAUCUUUAUGAAUAUGUUUUUGAUAAAUUUAACAAAUCUGAUUUCCUUUAAUCUGAAAUAAUCUCUCUCCUUGUCACAGAUGAAAUAACACGUCCUUUGUUUUGUUGUCUCUGACAUUGUGUCGCGAUUACUGACAGCAGAGGGGGCGGGGUCUCAUGAACAGAGAGAGCCAAUCAGGCGGCUGACAGUCUGCUCACUCUGGUCAUUUACAGACUCCUGUCCUUCCUAUGUGUCCUCCUCUGGCCCCGCCCCCUCUGGACUCCCAGGUGUGUCUGGUGUUUUUGUGCUGACUCAGGUAAAGAGAGACGAGUCAGCAGGUGAAUCAGCGUCAGUUUAACCUUUAAUCUUUAACUCUUCGACUCCAAUUAACCUCAGAGACCUGUUUUUUUUAUGAGUGUGAGUUUGAACUCGCUGGGAAAAAACUGAGGAAGAAAAAAAAGAUCAUUACGUCGUCGUUUCUGAGAGAGAGAG